AUGUUUUAUAAUUUAUUCUCCAUUAUUCUUGGUUUAUCCUCGGUAUUAUUAGUAUUAGCAAAUGAAGAUACAUCUAAUACUUUAAAUAUUCUUAUGCCUGAUGCUGUUGCUAAUCAUGUUGAUGAUUAUGUAUGUUCAUCGUUUGAAUUAGAUACAAAUAAACCAACAUAUAUAACUGCAUUUAAUCCAUCGGCUACAUCGAAAGAUGCUCAUCAUAUGUUACUCUAUGGAUGUACAGAACCAGGUAGUCAAAAAAAGAUUUGGAAUUGUGGUGAAAUGGCUAAUACUGAAACAUCUUCUUCACAAAAAUAUGAAACAGGACCAAUAUGUGCUUCUGGUUCAACAAUUAUCUAUGCUUGGGCAAUGGAUGCUAAUAAAACUGAAUUACCAAAAGAUGUUGCCUUUAAAAUUGGUGCUUCAACACCAAUUAAAUAUCUUGUAUUACAAGUUCAUUUUGCAAAUAUUGAUAAAUUCAAAGCUGGUGAAACUGAUCGUUCUGGUUUCGUUUUAACUACAUCACCAACUCCUUCGUCUAAACGUGCUGGUGUCUAUUCGCUUUCAGCUGGCGGUUAUAUGCAAGCAAAUUCUGAAGAAUUAUUUGAAGUUGCUUGUAAAAUUCAACAAGAUAUUGUCAUGCAUCCAUUUGCUUUUCGAGCUCAUACACAUAAAUUAGGUCUUGUCAAUUCUGGUUAUCGAGUACGUGGUACAUAUGAUGAUCAAGAAUGGACAGAAAUUGGUCGACGUUCACCUCAAUUACCACAAAUGUUCUCUUCAGUUAAAGAUAAUAUAACAAUUAAACAAGAUGAUUAUGUUGCAGCUAUUUGUACUAUGUAUAAUACACGUUCACAUGUUGUAAGAACUGGUCCAACUGGUAAUGAUGAAAUGUGUAAUUUUUAUAUGAUGUAUUGGGUUGAUGGUGAUCAAUUAUUAGAUGAUCAAGUUUGUAUAAGUCCAGGACCACCAAACUAUUAUUUUCGACGUGAUCGAGCUUUGAAUGUUGAUAAAAUUCCAGGCAAUGCAUUUAGUAUUCCACCACCACCAAAUGGUCCAGCACCCGGUGAAUCUUUACAAAAUGGUACCCAUCAUAUGAUGAUGAUGCAACAUCAAGAAAAUCCACUUCCUAAACAAUUUCAUCUUCGAUAUAACAAUGGAAAUAAUAACUAA